CCACCAAUCACAUCCUCGGAUAUAGGACUGAAUCGCCAACAUGCGCCAAUCAGAUCGCUCGAUUUGUCGAAACGCAGGCCGGUCGGUUGGGUGCAGCAUGCAUUCAUUCGUCGUUUGGAGCACCGUCGCCGCCGCCGCCAGUUCCUCCUUCUUCAUUCCACAACUUGCCACGAUAAUGCAACAACAGCCCAUCACGCUCGAUAACAUCCCGCCCGUCCCGUCGACCAUUGCACACACGCGCGGUACGGGCGACUCAACUCCCGAGCACGCGCACCCGAUGUCGUCGCCUCGUGUGAUGUCGCCACAUAACCCACUCGUCAAGUCGUCCACGAUGCCUGUCGUUCAAGCCCGCGACGACGUCGAUAUCAUUGCUGACUACCUCAAGGAACACACGACGAUUCGACCGACGAUCCUUGUCGUGUGUGGAUCUGGCCUUGGUGGUUUGUCCAAGUGCUUGACCAACACGCAAACCAUCCACUACAACGAUAUCCCGCGCUUUCCAAAGUCCACCGUUGCGGGACACGCUGGAGAAUUGGUGUUUGGUUACAUUGAUGAUCUCCAAGUCGUGUGCAUGCGAGGACGCUUCCACACGUACGAAGGCCAUGAUGUGCGACAAACGACAUUGCCGAUUCGCGUGAUGUGCCUUCUCGGGGUAAAGUUCCUCGUCGUCACCAAUGCGGCCGGCGGUCUUAACCCCGAUUAUAACGUCGGCGAUCUCAUGAUCAUGAGCGACCACUUGAAUAUGCCUGGUAUGGCCGGCAAGCACCCGUUGGUCGGGCCCAACGACGACCGGUUUGGCGAACGCUUCACCCCCUUGUCGGAUUGCUACGACAUCAAGCUGCAAAACUUGGCAUGGCGCAUUGCCAAGCAACACGGGAUCUCGCAAAAGGUACGCCGCAACGGUGUGUACUGCUUUGUGAGUGGCCCAACCUACGAAACCCCCACGGAAUCAAAACUGCUUCGACUUGUCGGUGGCGACUCGGUCGGGAUGAGUACUGUGCCUGAAGUGGUUGUCGCACGGCACUGCGGCAUGCACAUUCUUGGUCUGAGCUUGAUCACGAACAAAGUGGUCAUGCCUGGACAACAACGCACGGCGAUCCCGGCGUCCCACCAGGAAGUGCUGGAUGCAGUCGUCGCCACCCAAGCCGUCAUCGAGCAUUACGUUCGCGACCUCAUUGUAGCUAUCGGCAAGGACUACGACGACACCACUCUCCUCUUUGACGAAGAUUGCUAGACUACUCAUACCGAUAUCUAUUUCCGUAACAUUUGGAACAGUGUACCCCACUGGACAAGCCA